AUGUCCAGGUUUACCCAACAUCACACUCAUUCUUCUUCUGCUGCAAAAUGGGUAUUUCUCACAUCUUGUGCAUGUCUGCUCGGAGGUGCCCUCGUUGCAGAUUUUCUUUGGGCUUCUUCUUCCUAUUCUUCUUCUGCCUAUUCCUUCAUUUCUUCCAAUUUGGCGCUUGACAAAUCUGGGACCUUGGUUGUACCAAAUGUCACCGCCAAUGAAGCUGACCAGAAAGGAAGUUUCAAAGACAAAAAGGAACAUGCUUCGGUGAGAUUAUUAUCUGGAACUUUUGCUGAUAUAGCUGCACCUGAGUUAACAUGGGAGAAAAUGAGGCCCGCACCGGUGCCUCGUCUCGAUGGCUCUUCAAUACAGAUUAAGAAUAUAUUUUACGUGUUUGCAGGAUAUGGCACAAUUGACCAUGUGCACUCUCAUGUUGAUAUAUACAAUUUCACUGACAAUACAUGGGGGGGAAGAUUGGAUAUCCCAAAAGAGAUGGCGCAUUCGCAUUUAGGAGUGGCCACUGAUGGAAGAUACAUAUAUGUGGUAUCAGGACAAUAUGGUCCCCAAUGCAGAGGGCCUACAGCUCGUAUAUUUGUGCUGGACACAGAGACAAAGAAAUGGAGCAGUAUGCUUCCAUUACCUUCCCCCAGGUAUGCUCCAGCAACUCAAUUGUGGAGAGGCAGACUCCAUGUGAUGGGUGGCAGCAAAGAAAACCGCCAUACGCCUAGUGUGGAUCACUGGAGUAUUGCUGUGAAGGAUGGCAAAGCAUUGGAGAAAGAGUGGCGGAAAGAAGCACCCAUUCUCCGUGGGGGACCACAUAGGGCUUGUGUUGUGAUGAAUGAUCGCCUCUUUCUUAUUGGUGGUCAAGAGGGUGAUUUUAUGCCCAAGCCUGGGUCACCAAUUUUCAAAUGUUCACGUAGGCAUGAGGUGGUUUACGGGGAUGCUUAUAUGCUGGAUGGUGGAAUGAAAUGGAAAGUGUUGCCUCCCAUGCCAAAACCCAACUCUCACAUAGAAUGUUCUUGGGUAAUUGUCAACAAUUCAAUUAUCAUUGCUGGAGGUACAACAGAAAAGAACCCAGUGACCAAAAGGAUGAUCCUUGUUGGGGAGGUUUUCCGGUUCCAAGUGGACUCCAUGACUUGGUCGGUGAUCGGAAGGCUUCCCUACCGAGUGAAAACGACAUUAACCGGUUUCUGGAACGGUUACUUGUAUUUUACAUCUGGGCAGCGGGACAGAGGACCAGAUAAUCCACAGCCAAGACACGUCAUCGGAGAUAUGUUUAGAACCAAGCUGAAUUUGUAG